AUGGAAGGAGGUCUCUGGAGAAGUAACAUUAUAAAUCAACUUCAAUCAAGAAAUAGAAGGGAAACAACUGCAUUUCAAGACAUAAUCACAUUUCAAAGCAGACUGUUUGAUAAUGUGAAUACAUUAAAAAAUGAAAACCUUCAGUUAACAUUACUUAAUGAAAGGAUCCGAUAUACAAGCACAGAAAGUGUGCUUGCUAAUGCAGGUGGGGCCAGUAAUGAAAGAAUUCAAGCCUUAGAACAAAAAAUACUGGCACAGCAAGAGGAAUUGACCUCAUUGCAUAGAAGGCGUGGUGAAAGUGCUCAACAAAUAAUUAAUUUAAAUGCAAAGGUACAUGAUCAGGAAAAAAGUCUACAAGCCAAGGAUAUUAUAAUUUCAGAAAAUACUGCAUUAAUAGCAUCAUUACGGGCUGAAAUACAAAUGUAUGAAACUAAUAUGGUGGAACUACAAGGUCUAAAUCAAAUGUUAAGAGAUGAACACCAAGCACUGCAAAUUGCUUUUGCAGCAAUAGAGGAAAAAUUAAGAAAGGCUCAGGAUGAAAAUCGUACUUUAGUCGAGCGACUCAUAAAAUACAAAGCUAAAGACGCUGACAAAAUGAAUGAGGAGAAUGAACAUUUUCUCAAGUCAAGCAACCCUACUGCGUUUUUCAUCAACACCUUUGGUAGAGUUAGUUUCGGGAAGAAGAGCGACAAAGUCCGAAAGGAGUUGGAAGAAGCGGCGAGAGAAGGAGGCAGCAGAAGUAGCGGUGGUUCCGGUGGCAGCUCCGAGGAAAAGAUAAUGGAAUCAAUGCCCUAUUAUGCGGCGACACUGCCUACUAAAGUUGCUUUAAGAUUUGACGCCCACGAAGGAGAAGUAAAUGCAGUCAAAUGGAGCCCCACAGAUCGUAUAGUAGCAACAGGAGGUGCUGAUAGAAAAGUUAAACUUUGGGAUGUUUCGAAAAUAGGUACAGUCGAAAGCAGAGGUGCACUAGUGGGCUCCAACGCGGGCGUGAUGUCCGUGGACUUCGACUCAACUGGUGCGUUCAUCGUGGGCGCGUCCAACGACUUCGCGAGCCGCGUGUGGACAGUCGCCGACCAGCGGUUGCGGGUAACCCUCAUCAUAGUUGACACUGUGGACAGGAAAUACACCGUCGGGGGUCCCGCCAAA